ACCUAAACCACUCGCUGUGUGAGAGCGUGUGUGUGCGUGCGCGGGCAAGCGAGCCCGGCGUGCGCGCGCGCGUGUGUGCGUGCGCGCGCGCGCCCGUCUGCUCUGCUGUUGCUGCCCUUUGAUCCCCCGCAUUAGUGUUAGUUAGGGGGGCUCCGAGGCGCACAGCAGUCAAGACAGCCGAGCGAGCGAGCAGGCAAAGCGGCCCAGGCGGCGCCCCCUCCUCCGCGGGUCGGGCUCCCCUAUUUCCCCCCUCACGCUUCUUCUUUCUAUCUCUCGUCCCCCGCGACCGACGGUCCCACUCUGAACCGAGCGAAGCCAGCCAGGCGCAAGACCGAGCGAGGAGUAGCGGCUGCUGCCCGUCUUUCCUGCCCGCCUGCCGUCCGUCCCCUCCGGUCUCCUUCAAAUGGGAGCGAGCCUCUUUUUUUUUUUUCCGUCUCCCCGCGCCAGGACGAGAAUGUGAUUUAAAAACAAGCGUUUUGGGGGGGAAAAUGCCAAGGAGGAAGCAGGAGCAACCCAAGCGCCUGCCUUCACAUGUGGACAGCAAUGACGAAGGAGGGCCUGACGGCGGCACUGCGGAGGAGGAAGGCUGGUUCGGGAAUGCGUCCGACACGCGCUCAGAGUCUUCAUCCUACGGUGACACCCAGGAUGAGCUCUUUCUGCCGAGGGGCUCGUCCCCGGAUGCUAACCGCGAGAGCCCGACGGGCUGCCCCACGCCCGUCCACCGCACCUCCUUGGAACUCUUGGGACUGGGCGGUGGUGCCUUCUCACCGCAGGACACCGUCUCGUCGGUGGUGUCAUCGCUGUAUGGCGAGGCGGCGUCACGCGCACUUGGCAAGCCCCUCAGCAGCAACCUGCGCCGCCUCCUGGAGGCUGGAUCGCUGAAGCUAGACGCGGGGGACAUCCUGGGGCGGGCGUCACGUGGAAGCGAAUCCCCGCCAAUAGGCCUUGCAUCGCCCCUGACCCUCUCCCCAUCUUCACACCACGCUCAGCAGCUAAGUGCGCUCGCUCGCAAGCUGGCUAACAACAACAGUGGCUCUGCCUCGCCGGCAUCGUUGGGGCCCUCGCUCACCAACGUUAAACAAGAGCCUAUGGACCACUUCAACUCCCAGAGCAACGGCGGCAGCUUCGUAUGGGCGGGUGUCGCUGACAAGUGGCCGCCCACCGGCCACUCCACGCCCUGCGGGUCCAGCCUCUCUCCGGACUCUGCCAUCCAGAAGUUAAAAGCAGCGGCCAACGCGGUGCUUCAAGACAAGAACACUGUAUCCGUGGCCGCCGCCACCACCUCCUCCACCACCGCCUCGUCCGUUGUGCCGCCCCUCGGAGGGGCAGGCAGCCGGGGCGAUGAUGUGGUGCGCUUCGAUGCCUUUAACUCUCCGUUUAGCCCACAGUCGGCAAGCUCCACCUUGGCCGCGCUUUCCAAGAAAGUCAGCGAGCGGAGUCACGCUUCGUCAGUGCCUGGCGUGCCGGCCGACCAUCAGAACUCUGCAACGUCCUUCCUGUCGCUCGUGUCUAUGACCUCGUCGGCCGCCUUGCUCAAAGAGGUGGCGGCCAGGGCGGCGGGGAACUUGCUCACCGAGAAGAAGGAAGGUUCCCCCCAGUCGGGUGGGGGCGGCAGCAUCCUCCAAGAGGAUGUCAAGCCCCUGCUGGACAAGAACCACAAGCCCCCCACGCCGUCGACACCCACCCACGGCCUGGAGCUGUUGUUGCCCUCCACACCCAAAGGAAGAGGAAAACCAAACAGCCAAGCAGGCUCACCGGAGGAUGGCGGCAAACCGUUCCAGUGUCCUGUGUGCGGCCUGGUCAUCAAGCGCAAGAGCUACUGGAAGAGACAUAUGGUCAUCCACACGGGCUUGAAAAGCCACCAGUGUCCGCUGUGUCCUUUCCGUUGUGCCCGCAAAGACAAUCUCAAGUCCCACAUGAAGGUACAUCAGCACCAAGACCGGGGCGAGACCUUCCAGUGUGAACUCUGCCCAUUCACUUCCUCUCGUCACUUCAGCCUGAAGCUUCACAUGCGCUGCCACCAGCACUUUCCCCGUACCGAUGUCAAGGUGAAAGAGGAGCUCACGACCGACACUGAGGGCGAGGGCUCCCUGAUGGGCGACGCCAGCAGUACCGCCGACCCGAGGGGGACCCAGGUGUCUCCGUUGCACCCGGAUGCCCGGCUGCAGUCGUCCCCGCCAGGCGAGGCUUCCUCCAAUCACAUCCACAUCAAAGAGGAGCCCCUGGAGAGGGACCUAUCUGUGCUGUCCCCGUUUAGCAUCAGCAGGGAGCGACCCAAGAGUAGCGCCAAUUCCUUGGACCUGCCGGGCAUCGUUGCGGGUGUCGGGGUACGCUCCAGCCCCAGUGGUCCAACCACGGCCUCCCUCUUCAGCCCGGACAUCAAUACCAAGACGGCCACUGACCUGCUUAUGAAGCUAUCAGCCGCCAACCAGAGGGAGGCAUUGAAGUCGCCCUUCCACCUGAAGGAAGAACCCAAAACAGAGGAAGCCUUAAGUCCUAGACCGGCCUCCCAGUGUCAAAUCCAGCCGAGCUUCCCCGGGACAUUCUGCCAAGAUGGGAUAACGGGGUCCGCGGCAGCAGCUUCCGAACGCUCUGGGUCCCUUAAACCGAGGGAAGGGAGCCCCUCAGCUGCGAACAGCUUACUGAGUCAAGACAUCAACAUGAAAGUGGCCUCCGAGUUGCUGAUCAAGCUUUCAGAGAGCAACAAAGACGGCCACUUCCAGAAGGUGAAGGUAAAAGUGGAGCCCAUGGAGGUGGACCCGGCCCCCGCAGAAGUCUCACCACCCGUUCCCCCACCUGCUCCUCCUCCUCCUCACCUGCUGGCUUUCGGCACUUUAGGGGUGCGUGAGAAGACGGAGCCGGCACUGGAGCCCCUGGUGUGCCCUCAGAAGGACCUCUUCUCCCAGGACAUCUCGGUCAAAAUGGCCUCCGAGCUCCUCUUCAAAUUGUCAGAAAAAGUGAGCAAAGCCAACAACCACAAGGGCGGCCACAUGGUGGGAAUUAACAGUCCGUUCUUGGACGAGUGCUUUCGACAAUCAGCCUUCAACUCGCGCUCCAAAAGCUCCUCCCCCGCAGAGGCCAGCUCCUCCACCCGGGCACCUUUCCACGACUCUGAAAAGGACGAAUGUGAACCGGGCAAUGGGAUCUCCCAGUGGCGGCUAAACGAGCAGCUCUUCCCAUGUCCCGUCUGCGGGAAAGUGUUUGGGAGGCAACAGACACUAUCGCGACACCUGGCCCUACACACAGAGGAGAGGAAGUACAAGUGUCACCUGUGCCCCUAUGCCGCCAAGUGCAGGGCCAACCUCAAUCAGCACCUGACCAUCCACUCUGUUAAGCUGGUAAACACGGACGCCGAGCAGAUCGUCAGCGCCGUCGCCGCCGCCACCGACGCCGCCGAGCGCAAGAACUGCGCCUACUACUACAGCUGCCAUGUUUGCGGCUUCCAGACGGAGCUCAACGCCCAGUUCGUGGGCCACAUGUCGCUCCAUGUGGACAAGGAGCAGUGGAUGUUCUCGCUCUGCUGCAGCAUCUGCGACUUUGUGUGCAUGGAGGAGGGGGACAUGAAGAGCCAUAUGAGCACCGGACACGCAGGCCUGAACUCGAGGAGUCCCCUGAGUGAGACCAAGAGUACGUCGUCAUCCCUGUCGGCGCUCAGCGACUCGCUCAACAGCUCGGAGGGCGGCGACCUCACGCACACCAGCGGCGAAGAGCUCAAGAGUCUGCUGGCCCCGCCCUCCUCGGCCAGCAGCCAAUCCAGCUCCGGGAGCCGCUCGGGCUCAGGCACAGAGGAUAAAUCCGAUAAAGGCUUCGAGUGCGUGUUCUGCACGUUCGUGUGCAAGACGCGCAGCAUGUAUGAGCGCCACGUGCAGAUCCACCUGAUCGCGCGCAUGUUCGAGUGCGACGUGUGCCACAAGUUCCUGAAGACUCCAGAGCAGCUGCUGGAGCACAAGAAGUGUCACAGCAUCCCCACCGGAGGACUCAAGUGCCCCUUCUGUAUCUACUCCAGCAGUCGUCCGGCGGCCAUGGAGUGCCACCUGAAGACGCACCUCCAGACAGAGCACCGUUGCCGCAUCUGCCAGGGACUGUGGCCCGACCGCCCCUCCCUGGAGGCCCAUGCGCGCGCCCACCGCCUGGGCAACCACUACCGCUGCGAGCGCUGCGGCUACCUGUCCAAGACGGCCAACAAGCUCAUCGAGCACGUGCGCGUGCACACGGGAGAACGGCCGUUCCACUGCGACCGCUGCCCGUACCGCUGCAAGCGCAAGGACAACCUCAACCUGCACAAGAGGCUCAAGCACGCGCCGCCCACCCACCGGACCUCCCGGGCGGAGGCGGCAGAGGAGGGAGACUGCGGGACGGGACGGGAGACGCCGGUGGGACUCGGCGGUCUUUCCGCGUCCCGUGCGCUGCGCUCCGUCGCCUUGACCCGCACCCUGGGUGGCGGCCCUCGCCUGGCUCACCCCAACAGCCGGUCCUCAUCGGGCUGCGGUGACGACGUGGAUCCGUACAGAAACUGCGAGCGGGCGCACCUGAUCCCCCUCAGCACCUUGUUCACCCACAGUUUCACAUUCCACACCCCGCCCCGCCUACCGGCUGCCACCCACUCCACUGCCCACUCUGCCGCCCCCUCUCCCGCCUCCCACAAACACUCCUUCCUGGCUUACCUGGGACUCAGGGAGCGGGCCGAGACUGUUUGACUUGUUUUGUUUUUUAUCCCAAUCAGACCACCACAAACAUUUUUAAGAGCUGUACAUGCUAACAAAAACAAACAUUUAUAUCCAAAAGCUGCUUUUUUUCUUAUAAGUUGAUUGAAUUUUACGACAGCUACGUGGGACGAGCGCUUAGCCCCAGGAAGCUAACAGUUUUCUAGCUCGUUUUCAAGCUGCAUUAAGAUAGCAUGCCUCUUUCUGUGUUUCAAGCUAGCUUAGGAAGCUAACAUGGAGUUUCUGGUCUGGUUUUUCGGCGGUGCGAUACAGACUGAACCCAUGAAACGGACAAAGGCUCGUUUCCAAAGCAGACGCCUCAAACUACGCACUUAUUUAUCAAUUUUGUACAUAGUUUUGUAGCCCCUGCCCGUCUUUUUUUAAUUUUUGUCGUUUUAUUUUGUAUGAUGGUCAAACCAUGUUAUGCUUAGCUGCUGCCUGGCGUCACCUCUUUUUUUUUUCCUGCUAAGCUAUGAGAAUCAAAUCUAAAAUUUGACAAACAUCCCAAUUGAAGAUAAUUUUUGCACUCACCCAAUCCCCAAUGACAAAAUUAUAUACAGUAUACCAUGCUAACAGGUUAGCGGAGGUGACCGGCUGGAGUUCGGUCGGUUGCCGCAGGGCCGAUUCAAAUGGUGCUUUUUGGAGCUUUUGUAAUUUUUGUGUACAAAAAAAGAAGCUAAAUAACUAGAAAAACUGUUCCAAAAUGACUUGAAUGAAUGUAUUUUUGUUGAUGUAAAAAUAAUAAUAAUAAUAAUAAUAAUAAUAAGCGUGAACAGGGACAUCUUAUGUGCUGGUAAAAAGACACUUACUUUACUUUUUUUUUUUUAAAGAGUCUUUGAUAUCAUAAAAUGUGUUUUUACUUACAUGUAUAGACCAUCCUUUGGCUUCCACUAGAAACAAUAACUACGGGAUGGGCAUUUGACUUUUUUUUUUUUUAAAGUGUGUGUUCUGAACUCCUGUUUCCGUGCCAGAAUAAUCGCCGACGUAGGCGUGACCUGACGUCAUAGUCAACUAGUGCAGUGGUCCACAACCACCGGGCCACGGACUGGCCAUUUAGUGCCGGGCCGCACUCCCCCGCCCCAACCCUGAUAGAUGAUUAGCUUCCAAAAGUCAAUCAGCACCCCCCACUCCCUUGUCGACAAAAGGUUGCCUGUCCUCGAAACAUGUACGAGCAUGAACUGGUCCACUGCCGAACAAAGGUUGGGGACCAUUGAACUAGUGCACUCCAUUUUGCCUCCUCAACAAUCAAGUACAGGGAUCCUAGCUUUACGACGGAGUUUAUAUUUGUACGCAAGAGGUAAAGCUAUGUUAUGCUAACGUAGUAGUAGUAGUAUUUAUCCAUUUUAUUCCCCUUAUCCGGGGAUGGGUCACAGAGUUAGCUUUAGCAGGAAAGCCCAGACUUCCCUCUCCCCAGCCACUUCAUCCAACUCUUCCGGGGGGAUCCCAAGGUGUUCCCAGGCCAACCGGGAGACAGUCUCUCCUGCGUGUCCUGGGUUGUCCCCGGGGCCUCCUCCUGGGGGGGAUGUGCCAGGAACACCUCACCAAGGAGGCAUCCCAGCAGGCAUCCUAACAAGAUGCCCGAGCCACCUCGUCUGGUUCCUCUCAAUGUAGAGGAGCAGCGGCUCGACUCUGAGUCCCUCCCGGAUAACCGAGCUUCUCACCCUAUCUCUAAGGGAGAGCCCGGACAGCCUGUAGAGGAAACUAAUUUCAGCCACCUGUAUCCGCAAUCGUGUUCUUUUGGUCAUGAUCCACAGCUCGUGGCCAUUUACCGGUCGGAAGGUAGAUCGACCGGUAAAUCUUUUUCACCACGGCAGACCGAUACAGAGUCCGCAUCACUGCAGACACUUCACGGAUCCCAGCUCCAUUCUUCCCUCACUCGUGAACGAGACCCCAAGAUACUUGAACUCCUCCACUUGGGGCGGGAUCUCAUUCCCGACAUGGAGAGGGCACUCCACCCUUUUCUGACUGAGUACCAUGGUCUCAGAUUUGGAGGUGCUGAUUCUCAUCGCAACUGCGUCACACUGGGCUGCGAAUCACUCCACCAAGAGUUGAAGAUCACGGCUGGAUGAAGUCAGCAGAACCACUUCUGCAAAAAGCAGUGGUCACCAAACAGGACCCCUCGACGCAUCAGCUGCGCCUAGAAAGUCUGUAUAGUGAAGUCAGAAUGACAGUAAAUAUUUUAAUGAAAAACACUUGUAGUUAGUCCAUAAAUAAAAUACAAUCAAAUAUAAAACAGUAACUAUUGCACUAACUGAUCCUGAGCCUUCUUUUGCCGUGUUACAAUGUAUUCCCAUGUCACUGUGCAAACUAGUUCAUUGCGUGACAUUUGUAACCUCAAAACCUUAUGUUGGUACAUUCGUAGACCAAGGACUGCCCUGCUCUUAACUAGCUUUCGUACUGCCAAGUAAUUUUGAAAUUUAGUGGGCCUAAUAUACCUAAUAGGUACCGUCGUAAACUGAGGAUCUCUUGUAUCUUAUCUAGCUUUCCUAUUGAAACGGCAAGUCAUUUUGUCAUUUUUUUAGAGUGGACCUAGUCUUGUUGAACACCACCAGUAUCUCUCUACAGGGAGUCCUCGAUUUAUGACUGAGUUCUGUUUGUACAGCGGUGACAACACCCAUAUUUGUACACAAGUUGGAACACAGUGUAGUCUACAAACCCACACUAAUGCAGUGGUAAAGUCAUGAUUACAGUAAACAUUUGUUUUAAAAACACUUCUAGGCCAUAAGUAUAAAACAAUCCAAUGCAAAACAGGAAAUACAGCACUAACUGAGCAUGCCUUCACGUGUAUUCCUAUGACGCUGUGCAAACUAGUUUGUUGCGCACCAUUCGGAACCUCGUAUGUCGGGACCGCCUAAAACCGAGUACCCCUGUAUCUAUCUUUCCUAAUGGAACAGUGGAUGAUUUUGACAUUUAUGUAGCAUGGACCUAGUAAAGAGUCUUGUGGAACGCCAGUAUCUAUCUAUAGGGGGUCCUCGUUUUAUGACGAAGUUCAGUUCCUAUGGUGGCAACGUAACCCUAAUUUGUACGGAAGUCUGAACACGCCUAAGUCUAUCACUAACCUAGGCUAACACGGUAAAGUUAUCUAUCUAUCUAUCCAUUCAUCCAUCCAUUCUCUUAACCGCUUACGCUCACUAGGGUCGCAGGUUUUCUGGUGCCUAUUAAAAAAUACUUAUUGGCCAUGAAUAUAAAACCAUCAAAUAAUAAACAAUAAGUACCCACUAACUUCAUAUUUACCCUGUAUUUUAUCUGUGUUUGAUUUGAUUUUGUGCUGCCUUCUUGGUCAGGUCUCUCUUGGAAAAGUGGUUUUAAAUCUCAAUGAUUUUUUUUUUUUUUUACCUGGUUAAAUAAAUUGAUUAAUUAAAUUAAUUGAUUGAUAACCGAGCUUGCCUCAAAACGUAUGUCAGUACUGUCGUAAACUGAAUAUCUCUUGUAUGUUGCGUUCCUAUUGAAAGUAUAGUACAGAGCCUUGUGGAACACCACCAGUGUCUAUCUACAGGGUGUACUCAAGUUGGAACACAGCGUAGUCUAUCCCUAACAUGUCGGGACUGUCAUAAACCGAAGACCUCCUCUAAUCGACUAUCAUGCCCAUCUCUAAUCGUAACAAAUUUGCCCUACCCCUAAUACAUCAACUAUUUGCACUUAACUUUGUUAACACGUCUAAGGCAAAAGCACUUAAAAAGCUUCAAAAUUGCUGGCUGGGAAAACAAAUCAAGACACCAUUAGGCUCCGCCCACACGGGGGAUAUCAUUAAAUGGAGACAAAUUGUGUAAAUUAGAGAUAUAGAGGUGACGCUCUUCCUGGGAGCUAAAAAGGCCCCCAGGCUAAAUUUCUGAUCGUUUUGGGUUUUGUUUUUGCACAGGGUUGCAGUUUUAUUUUGCAAUAAGACUCGACAGACGUGUUCUGAAUGGAAUAGGGCAGCAGGGCUUUUUUCAAAUUCAGUUAAGACUUUUCAAAAGCUUUACCUGUUAUUAAGUUGCUUGUUGUCCAGUGAAAACAUGCAUCUCCACAGUCUGUGAUUUUCAUUUAUCUAAACAUCAAAGUUUUUUUUUUAUUUGAUAAUUGGAAAAAAUCUAAACAUCAAAGAAAAUAUUUUUUCCCCCAAAAAUAGGAGUUAUUGAAACUUCAAAGAAUUUUUUUAUUCAAAAAUAGAAAAAUGUUUUGACUUUAAAAGUUUAUUUAUUUAUUUGAUUUUUUUUUUUUUUUUUUACAAAAAUGGACAAAGAAAGCGUUUUCCUGACGAAAUGUAAGAAGUAUCCUAACAUGCGGAGAUACAUGUUUUGUUUUGUUUUUUCAUCAUGUGGCCUUCACAGCCUGAAUCCCUCAUUUGUAAAGGGACUCUGCCUCUACCCUACUUUUUUGUCUUUUUGUACAUGACACUUGCAUUUUUCAAUCAUUGUUUUGUAUUGUUUUAUUUUACUAGGUUAAAUUAUGCCAGAUUGGGCGAGAGAAUUGUUUUCGACCAAAACGUACAUAGCCGCGGGAUGUGAUGUUAGGAUGGAAUCCGUCACGUCCUGUUUUGUUUUUUUUAUUGUUUGCCAACUCUCUAUCAGUGUCAUCUUUUAGACGCUAGUUGCAAUUCUAAAAACAGAUCAUGUCCUCUGAAGUCUCUUUCCCCCCCCCCCCCCCCCCCGGAAAAAAAAUACAUAGUAAUAAUAAUAAUAAUAAGCAUUUCUUUGAGCAUUGCAUAUGUUGUCAUCGGUUUUGGAAUGAACACUUGCCACUCCCCUUGCUGUUGGCAUGACUUUACUGGCAUCUCAGCGUUUUUACCAUCAAGAGAAAAAAGUCUCAACCCAACUCAUCUGCUUUGGUAACAAUUGCUAUAUGCUGUACAAAGCUUUUUUUACAUGAUGAUUAUUAUUAUUGUUAUUACUCCAUGGUUAAGGCUGUACAGGGUUGUGAAGAUAACUGGUAAAUAGAGCAUUUGUACUAUUUUUUUUUUGUAUUUGUUUCCUUUGGUAUUCUUUUUAUGUUCAACUUGCCAGAUAUAAAUGUAACAGGAUUUGAAAGUAAAGCUUACAUCGAAUAUUA